ACGUCGGGCCAUUUCUGUCACGUAACAGUGAAACCAUUCAAAAACUCAAUAGAGCAUUAGGGAGCUCGUGUCAGAAAGGCAGACACAAAUGGCGUUCCACAGAACAAUAGCACGGCGCCUAUGGGCAGGCAAGAACGCGGCCGCCAGCGGCGCAGCCAUUCCCAAGCCUCCGGCGGCCGCCCCCGCACCCCCUGCACGGCGGCCGCUGCCGGCCGUAGACGACUGCCCGACGCUCGCAUUCCUGCGGCCCAGGCCGACGACGGCCGGGUACUCCACCGCGAGCGUCCCGCUCCCGGCGCACUGCUUCCCCGCCCUCCCCAUCGGCGACCAGCUCUUCCGCCGCCUCCGGCUCGACGGGCUUGCGCCGCCGGUCGUGGUCACGGUAGCGCGUCCGCGGCCUGAGGAGGCCGGCGUGACGGUGGAGCAGGCGAGGAAGGUGGCGCGGGCGGCGGAGAUGGAGGUGGCGAGGGCGAGGCUGAGGUCCAACGCCCAGAGCGUGGUGUCCGGGUCGGAGUUCGCGGCGCUCUGCGCCGACAUUGCCGGCGGCGUGGAGGGCGGGCGCAGGCUCGCCCGUGCGCUCGACGAGUCCGGCGUCGUCAUCGUCCUCGGCGACGCCGUCUUCCUCCGCCCCGACAUGGUGGCGAAGGCGAUCGAGAGCGUCAUCCUCCCCGCGGCGAAGCAGCAGCAGCAGCAGCUGGCAGCGCCGCGCGCCGGGGAGGAGGAGGAGGGCGAGGCCGCCGCGCGCAGGCGGGAGGAGCUGGCGGCGAUGGAGGCCCAGAAGGCGGCGAUCGACGCGGACGCGGCGGCGCAGGUGCGGCGCGAGCUGUGGUGCGGGCUGGCCCUGGUGGCGGCGCAGACGCUGGGGUUCAUGCGGCUCACCUUCUGGGAGCUGUCGUGGGACGUCAUGGAGCCGGUGUGCUUCUACGUCACCUCGCUCUACUUCAUGUCGGGAUACGCCUUCUUCAUGCGCACCGCCACGGAGCCGUCCUUCGAGGGCUUCUUCCGUGCCCGCCUCGCGUCCAGGCAGCGCCGCCUCAUGCGGGCUCGCGGGUUCGACGUCGACCGCUACAACGCGCUCGGCUCCGCGCCGGCGCCGGUGCAGAGCGGCGACCCCCGCGAGGUGCUUAGGCACGUCAGCCACGUGCAAUAGCACGUCAGCCCGGAGUCCCGGACGAGUUCGCUUGGCUUGUGCCAGGCGGGAUACGUGCUUGUCAUGUUCGAGUCAUCACCGUCUAAUCGUUAAUCAACUUCCUGUAUCGAUUCAGGGAGAAAAGGUGUUUUUGGUAGGAGAUACUAAUAUUGUCAGUUGAUUCAUGGAUUGAACAUCUGUUUUUCUUUA